AUGUUCAAUUUCAUUGAUGAUCAUUUACUUGAUGAUAUUUUUUCACGAACUGAACAAUCACGUCUUGCAUAUAAUUUACAAACAGAAGAAUUUCAUAAUCUUAAUGAAAAUCUUCAAACAUAUUUAAAUGAUAUUAAAAAAAUUGAUGAUGAAAAUCAUCAAUUACAAAAUAAUAUUGAACAAAUACGUACAAAUUAUAUAAAAAUAUUAGAAAAUCAUUUAAAAUGUUUACCUGAAGAUUUUCGACAAGAAAGUCAUAUAUUAACAGAAGCACAUAUUGAACGUUAUAAAUCUAAAUCACAUGCUAAACGUUUUAUUAAUGAACGUGAAGAACUUAAGAAACGAAUUAAUUUUGUUGCUAGUAAUGAAAAAGAACAGAUUAAACGUUUAAAUACUUUACAAAAACAACAAAGUUCAGUUGAAAAGGAAUUAAAAAAUUUAAAUGAACAAUUACAAAAUUUAUAUAAUUAUGUUGAAAAUGAAAAACAAACACAUCGACAAGCAAUGGAUAAAGUUGAUGAUUUACAAAUUCAACUUGAACAAAUUUGUAUUGAACGAUCAAAAGCUGAAUUUGAAAUUCAAACUUUACGAGAAGAACUUAAAUUAAUGCAUACAACAAAAGAAUUUCUUGAUGAAGAACAUCAAACAAUAUUAUCUACACAAACUGAAGCAAAUGAAUAUUUAUUAUCAUGUCUAAAUGAAUUCAUAUCACGUACACGUGAUGAUUUUAAUGAACUUAAUAAAACUCAACUUAAACAAUUAGAAAAUGAAUAUAAACAAAUGAUGAUGACUGUAGAAGAAAAUUCUUUAACUAAAGCAACUAUAAAUGAAACAAUGAUCAAUCAACAACGUUCAAUACAAAUAGAAUGUGAAAAACUUCAAGAUGAACAUCGAUCUAUUACACAAGAUUUAAUAGAACUUAAUAAUUAUAAUCAAAUUUUAUCUGAACAAUUUCUUGCUAUGGAAGCUGAUUUAUAUUCAAUACGUAAUGAACAUGUACAAGAAUUAAUAACUAAAGAUAAUGAAUUAGAACGAAGUAAAAUUCAAUUACAAAGUUUAAAUGAAAAAUUAAAUCAUUUAGCUGAAUAUGAUCGAAAUUUAAAAUUUGAAUUAACACUUUAUCGAGGAGUUUUAGAAGGUGAAUAUCGACGAAAACAACAACAACAACAAUUAAUGAAUAAUCAACAUCCUUCACGACCAACUACUUUACGAACAACAACAAUACGAAAUCAUAAAAAUUCUCCGAUUUUAACAAAUCGAAAUGAACCUGAGGCAAUUGUCGAAAAGUCUAAUGUUCAUGUUGAUGAAACUCUAUCGCCAAUAAAAAAUUUGGAUGAUGAAAAUAAUAUUCAAUUGGAUCAUCAAGAAUCAAACAAAAGCUUCAAUCAAAAUCAAGAAGAAAUAAUAGAAUCUACCAAUAAUAUCUCACAAGAAAUACAUCAGACAUCAAGUGAAAUUUCGAAAUCUUCUAUUCCAAUAGACCAAUCAUUACCUUCUGACGAACAACUAUCGCCAACGGAUGAUGAAGUAUCAUCGGAAAUUCCAAAAUUUCCUCAUUUGUUUACACUCUCAGAAGAUCAACCAAUAUCAAUUGAUUUUGGUCAAUCACCGACUACAUCUGAAGGAGUUCAAAUAUACUUAAUAACUGCAUCGACAGAUGAGACAACACCAAUCUCCAAUUCGGUUCCAAUCUUAACACAAAUGUAUCGACCUUUUUCUGCAGAUGCGGAAGAUGGUCAAAAACCGUCAAAUAUUUUAGAAUCAUCAUCAUCAUCGAUUCCUGUUUCAACAGAUAUAGAAGUAUCACCUGACGUAGAAAAAUCUUCCAUUGCUUCAACUAUUUCCGAUGAUCAACAAGAUUCUUCAGAAAUUCAUCCAUCAUCUUCAAUACAAUUAGAAGAUAAAGAACAAUCUUCAGAAACUUAUCCAUCACUCAGUACAAUUCUAAAAGAAGUUCAAGCAAUAUCGGAAUUUUCACAUAUAGGCAAAGAAGUAUUAUCAGAAGCUCAAAAAUCGCCGACAUCACCUACUAACAUUGCUUCGGUUUCAUUCGAUAUUCAUCAAUCAUCAUCCACAUCGCAAGAGAACAAACAAAUAACAUCAGAUGUUCAACAAUCAUCAACUAAUUCAUCUAAUGAACAGCCAUUAUUCACUGAAUCAAUUAAUCCGUCCAUCGUAUUAGAUAAUCAACAGCAAACUUCCAUAUUUUCACAAGAACAAUCGACAUCAUCAGAAAUUGAACAAUCUUCUAUAACAGAUGAAAAUAUUCAAGAACAAACUUCACCUAUAGCUGCUAAUGAAUAUGAAUCAAUAUCACAUGAUACUACAGAAGAAGUCGAUGAGAAACAAGAAUUAGUUGAGCCAUCAAAUGAUGAUGAUGAUAACGAUGUUAAACAUGAUGAAACUGGUAAUGUAACAACUAUCGAUAGUGAUCACAAUGAUACCCGUCAAUCGGCUGAUUCUAUUGAAUUAUUACCUAUGGACGAACAUGAUACUAAUCAAAUUGAUCGACGAGAAUCAUUAGCAUUUAAAACACCGUGUUUUUCACAGGAAGAAGAUAUAAAUCAAUUUGAAGACAAUGAAUCAACAUUAAAACAAGAUGAAAUAAAACCAGAAGAACAAAUUAAUUCUUCUGAUCAAUACGAAAUUGAGGAGAAUACUAAAGAUAAUUUUAUCUCCUCACCUGGUUAUUAUGGUAAUUUAAAUGAUUCUACUUAUUUAAAUCAUGAAAAAUUAAAUAAACAAUCAUUAGUUGAUGUUGAAGAAGUUGAUUCAACUUCUUCUCGAAAAUUAGAAGAAAACAAGUCUCAAAAUAUUAAUGAAUCAAAUUUAGAAAGUGUUAUGCAAGAUCUUCGUUGUGUAUAUUCUGAAUUGGCUAAUAAUGAAGAUCUAGUUGAAAUCGAUGAUAAUUUUCCAGAUAAUUUAAUUGAUCGUCUUGAAUUUGGUGAUACAUUUAUACGAACAUUAUUCGAUGAUCUUGUUAGAAAAUAUAUUGUACAACCAGCUAAAGAAGAAAUUCGUUCAAAAACAUUUGAUUGGAUUGAAUUUCGUGAUAUACUUUUUCCUAUUCUAACUGGUCGUUAUAUGAAGAGACAUAUAAGAAAAUUAUUUGAUUUAUUUGAUAUAAAUAAAGAUAGUUAUUUAUCAUUAGAAGAAAUAAUUGAAUUACUAGAACUUCUUCAAAUUAAUAAUGCAACUGAACUUGCAUAUAAUAUAAUUAAUGAAUUAGAUAAAAAUCAAGAUCGUAAAGUAACUGUUGAAGAAUUAAUAGAAUCUAUUCAACAAAUCGAUGAUGUAAAGAAUAAUAUUCUUUCAGAUGAUAUUCAAUAUAAACAUUGGUAUAUUCAUCAUUUAACAGAUGAAGAAACUAAUGAUAUUCAAUCGAUAUCAUUAAAUUCUUCAUCGAAAAUCAAUGAUGAUAUUAUAGAAAUGAUUAACAAUGGAAUGAUUUUACUUGGUCGAAUAUUUAAAAGAUUAGGUCCCAAUAUUGAACAUAAACAACUUGAUAGUAAUAAACCAACAUUAUCAAUGAAAAUAACAAAUGAAUUCAUACAUAAUAAUAUACAAAUAUCAAAUGAUGAUCUUCAAUCAUUUAUAGAAUUAUAUUUAUAUAAAAAACGACAUUCCGAUUGUUUUAUUAGUUGGAUUGAAUUUCGAGAUUUAUUUUUACCAUUUGUUGAUGGUGGAAUGUUUUUAAAAGAUGAUAUUAUACGUUGGUUUGAUAUAUUCGAUGAAAAACAUCAAAAUAUAAUUAUUCAAGAACAAAUUCUUCAUUUACUUCGUCUCUUACAAAUACCAAAUUCAGAAAAUAUACUCAAAAAAAUGAUCGAAAUUUCAAAUACAUAUACAAAUAAUAAUGAUAAUUCAUGGACAUUGGAAGAAUUAAUCUUUGCUUUGGAACAUGUCGAUGAAAUAACAACACGAAUUCUUCCAAAUAAUCAACAAAUACUAUCAUAUGACCUCAAUUGGCUUACAAAAAAUGUAUUCUAA